AUGGACCUGCAGAAGAUGGAACUCUUGGAAGGCAAGAUGGUUGAUGAACUGGCUUCUCUGAAAGACAAAAUUGAACAAACAAAAAUUGAUUUGGAGGUCUAUAAUGAUUUGCCAGCUCUGAAAGCAUCAGGAGAAGAGAAGAAAAAGAGACUCCAGGAUGACAAAGAAAAAUUAACAAAACAUAGCCAUGCUUUCAAGAAAAUAAUGGAUCACUUGAAUACAGAGUAUGAGACACUCAAAAGAGAGCUGCAAGAGAAUGAGACACAUUCUCAGCUUACAAAUUUGGAGAGGAAGUGGCAGCACCAUGAGCAAAAUAACUUUAUGAUGAAGGAAUGUAUCCUUUUCUUUAAGAAAUACAGUGAAAUUCACACACUAUUAAUUGAGGAAGAAGUCUGUUUCCUCCAGCAGAAUAAGACAGGACGGAAUGAGGAGCAGGAGACAGGGGAGCAGGGGAAAGGUGAUGGUUUGCCAGUGUCUGGUUAUCUGAUAGGUAAAGUGGAAGCAGCACUGGACCUCAUACUGAUCAAUUCAUUCCCUCUGGUGGGCAACUCCGAGACGUCGCUCAUCUGUAUCACCUCCAAGUGGCGCUCCCGUGAGUCCAUCACCAUCGACCGAGACCAGGAGGAUGUGGCAAACCAGCACCGGGAGCCACUGGAGGUCAGCGAGGAUUCAAAGAGAGCAACGGCCAAAACAGUGGUGUGGAAGAGGGAGCAGGCCAGCGAAACUAUCGGAGCAUAUUACUGUGAAGGAAAACUCAAGGAUGAGGUGACAAGGAUACACACCAUGAAGAUGCCACUGGGAGCCUCAUUCCACCCGGUGGCAUUAACUGUUACAGCAAAUAAGGGAGAGCAUGUCAAUAUUUCCUUCAUCAGAAUGGCAGCAAAAGAGGAAGAUGCAGUGAUCUACAAAAAUGGUUCCUUCAUCCACUCGGUGCCACGGCAUGAAGUGCCAGGGGAGCUGGAAGUCUCCUAUCCUCACGUGCAGCCACAGGAUGCAGGGGUUUACUCUGCCAGAUAUAUAGGAGGAAACCUCUUUACUUCUGCUUACACAAGGCUUAUUGUAAGACGAUGUGAAGCUCAGAAAUGGGGCCCUUCCUGUAGCUCCCACUGCCCUUCCUGCAUGAACAAUGGCAUUUGUCAUGAAGAUACUGGGGAAUGCAUCUGUCCUCCAGGUUUUAUGGGAAAAACAUGUGAGAAAGCUUGUGGAGCCAAUAAAUUUGGCAAAACAUGUGAAGAGAGCUGUAAAGAAAACUAUGGCUGCAGAAACUAUAUGUUCUGUCUACCAGAUCCAUACGGUUGUUCUUGUGCCACAGGAUGGAUGGGACUUGAAUGUGAUAAAGAAUGCAAACCUGGAUUUUAUGGCUCGGAUUGCAAGCUCAAAUGUAAUUGUCACAAUCGAGGAACAUGUGACAGAUUUAAAGGCUGUAUCUGCUCCCCUGGAUGGCAUGGUCUGCAAUGUGAAAAAGAAGUAUCUUCUGUUCUUUCACCUCAAAUAGAAAACUUACUAGAUCCUGUAGAACUUAAUUCUGGCGUCGAGUUCAAGCCUUUUUGUAUAGCAACUGGGAUGCCACUUCCUAAAUCUGAAGAAUUUAAACUUUUCAAGCAAGAUGGAACUGUCCUAAGGCCUGCCCUAAUUGUUACCAGUAAUCGCUCUGAAGCCAUGUUUACAAUUAAUCGAAUCCAGCCCCGUGACACAGGAACCUGGGUCUGCAGUGUGCAGACAGUAGCAGGAAUUUUUUUUCAAGUCACAGUCAAAGUUCCUCCUGUACCACAGUAUGCCCCAAGGCUGACAGACAGUGGACAUAAUUUUCUUGUAAUUGACAUCAAUGCUGAGUUACAUCUUGGAGAUGGACCUGUUGUGUCAACAAAACUCCUGUACAAGCCAGCAAAACGGUAUCAGUCCUGGAUGUCUGUGGAAGGUAAGAGGAAGUUACUUAAUUCCCUUAAACACAAACUUCAGCUGAGUGCUAAAACAUAA